GUCGAGUCGCUUCAGGGCCUAGACGAGCCCGACGAUGAGAAGCUGGAGCUAGCGCAGUCGGCGUUGAAGAGACAGCGGGCAGCGCUGAACCUGGACACGAUGAAGCGACUCUCGCACUUGAAAGAGCUGGAGCUCUCCCUCAAUGCAGUGCAGAAGACUUUGGACUCUUUCUUACCAAACUCCGAACCUGACACUCACCCGAGAGACCAGAAUGACCUCCUCAGCAGACCCGUACUCACGAUACUUGCCGACAACGAGGGCCAGCAGACGCUUGCGUUCAACCUUCUCUACUACGGUCUUGGCCUUCGUGGCUGUCGUCGCCGUGAGCCGCCACAUAUGGAUGCCAAUCAAGCCGAGAUGGCGGUCAAACGGGUGACAUUGAGAAGAUGGUUCAACUGGGACCAGAAUUGGAAAAGCUUCCGAGGACAUUGGACGGCCCUGGCAAUAAUCUUCAAGUUCAGGCAGCGUGCUCUGGGUGGUGCCGAGACAAAGGCGAGUGCAGCCAAGUCGUCACUAUCGCUAAACCCGGAUCAGGAGGACCCGGCUCACACAGGCGCGCCAGGUGAGGCUUCUGCAGUCGUGCCCCGUGAGCGCAAAACGAAAGAUUGGAUUCUGUCCGAUCUGCGUGAGCAAACAAAAGGGGACAUGCAAGUCAUGUGCGCGGUCCUCAACAACAGCGACAUACACACACUGGCCGAGAUGCUCCCUGCCAGCAUCUGCUCAGACCGGCGGAUUUUUUGGGCCAAGAGGCCGUUGUUCAGGGCGCACCUGGAAACGCUGGAAGCGCUCGAGCAAGUGGAGACAGCAGUUCAGUGGCAAGCCGACCGGGCGAACCGCUGCUGGAUUCGAGACGUGCGUGAGCUUCUACAGAUGCUCAACAGGAUAGAUGUCCUGCGAAACAUCAAGAUCCGGAGCCCUCAAGAUGUUGCCCGAGCAGAUGUUUUCUUUCGGCUUGUGGUUUCCUUGGCGGCAGUCCGAACUUGGUGCUCGCUGCUGUACGACUUGCCACCCGAGCAGCUUGCAGGCAUCCUCAGCAACAACGCAGAGGAAGCUUUUGAUGCCUUGGCCAGUGCCAAGCGCACUGCUGGCGUGAUCCGUUCCGCGAGAGCUGCAGCUGCCGACAGUGGACACCCGGAAAGGGAGGCUCUCACCGCGCUGCUGGGAGACUUGUGGUACGACCGCCUCACGCUGGUUGGUGAGCUGUGGGAGCACGCAGCAGCGUUCCAGUGGUCGAUGGAUUCCAUUUAUUCGCACGUUUACUUUCUAUCCUCUGGCCUGUCAACCACGAAAUUCAGUCUCGAGGAAGUGUUGGCGUCCCUUGAAGACAGGAACAGGCUAGCGAAGCACAAUUCCUGGAGCAACUUUCGAAUAUUCAGCAGCCAUGCAUAUUCCCCCAGGCUUCUGCAGUCCAGGUUCGGGAGUGGCUUCCUUCGUCUUCAGCCAGGAGACUCUCGUGUGUGUGACACUGGCACCUGCAAGGCCCGAUACUUUGGGUCCGAGAUGACGGGCGCUUCCGGUGCAGCACUGAAGGCAGCGCACACAAAGUUGAAGGAGUACCAGCAGAACAAAGGCCCGCCUCUUUGGAAGCCGGGUGGCGUCGAAUCGGAUUUUCGAGCUGCGUCCAGCCACGCUUUGCUCCACCACUUCUCCAGGUGUGACUUCCUUGGCAUCUCCGGGGCGUGGGUUUCCUGUCUGAUGACUCAGGGACAAGUGUAUCUUCGUCGAAGAGAUCGACAGUUGUUUCUGUCCCUGGGUUUCCGGGGCCACGCUACGUUUGGCUGGCAAAUCGAAACGAAGGAUGAUGAUGUAAUGCACAUCGUCGAAGCAAGCGAGCCCACUACAUUGGUUUGCCGAUCCAGCUUGGAGUUGUUGGUGCAAACGAGACUUGAGGAGCCGGGGACACCGGAGGCUGACUACGAAGAGUUCCUCUUCGUCCCCACUUCGAUCAGCAUUGCUACGAAAACCACAGUGACCCGCUACGGCGAGUCCAGCGUCGGCCACAAGAGUAGGCUCAUGAGCCUGCUGAGCAAGUUCUGCCCGGAGUACUCGGAGACUCAGCUACGGGAAAGGCUCUCGUCCCUCAUGGGCAAGGCAGACGAGCAGAUUCCAUGUGAGGAAGUUGUGAGGGAUGCUUUGAAGCUACUGGACCCAGCCGAGAGGCGACCGUUCGAAGAUUUGUCAGAACAGAUGGAGGAACGCCAUCGAUCUGACCUGAUCAUGACUCGACUGAAGGCGGACAGCCGCAAGGACAUGGAGGAUGCCACGCCCGAUGUCGUUAAGAACCUCCGUCCGGACGACAUCCCGCAGUAUGCGUACUUGGUCCACCAGGCCCUUACAAGCUCCUUUGCUGCUUACUGGCCGAGCGAUGGUAAGAAGCCAUACAACACGUCAAAGAUGUACGGCCCCAGGACAACGGCAACUCAAGCUCUGCAACACUGUGUAAAUUGGUUCUACAACCACUACCACAAGAAUGGAGGUGUUCAAGCCAAGCCGGAUUCCAUGAUGAUCCGUGGAGCUGCCGAAGCUUGCCUUGAGUUGAAGGCUGAGCGCGAAGCACGUGCAGCGGCGACGGAGGCAGACGGCCUGCACGGCCUGGGUCAGUCUCAGUGGCGCCCGAAGUAUCUGCAUCUCGCGAGCCGUCAUCAGCUGCACGGCCUGCAGCCGAAGAAGGCCCGACACGCGGACGUGGCAGAGGCAGAGGCACCAAGAGAGCUAGCGCGCGAGAGCGAAAGCCAAAUCGAAGAGGUGAUCACGAGGCCGGAGUUCCAAGAU